AUGGUAGCGAUCCGAGGCAAGAAGACUAAAGCGACAGCGAAGUUCAAGGCGGCAGGAACCUCCAAGGCCAAAGUAAAUACCACCAAGGAAACUGUGUCUGUCACGUGUCUUACGCCACAGCAGACAAUCACGCGUCAUCGGGAAGAAGAAUUUCUUUCGCUCGUGCGCUUUGCUCUUCAGAGCCACUUGGCGCUGACGGGAGGUGUCGAUCAAUCGGUUUCUAGCAUCUGCAAUGCGUUUCUUACUGCGCUAAGUGCUAAUGGAAAAGAGAAGACGCUGACGCCUAUGCAGAUAUUGGCGAAACUGCCACGGACGGAGCGCAAACGCGUGUGUGGUGCCAUCUUUUCGGCCGAUGAGAUUGCCUACAGCUGCCGCAAUUGCCAGUUGGACACCACGUGUGUCAUGUGUAAGGACUGCUUUACUCAUAGUGAUCAUGCAGGACAUGACGUGUAUUUCCAGAGGACGACAGCAGGCAGUUCAUGUGAUUGUGGUGAUAUUCAUGCUUGGAAACAUAGUGGCUUUUGCUCGAGACAUAAAGGAGCAGCAGGGACCGAGAGUGGAGGAAAUAAACACAAACUGCCAAAACAUAUUGGAUUAACGGCACUUGUUGUGAUUGAAGCAGUUGUGGAACAUCUUUAUCAGGUCUUGCUGGGAACACAAUAUGGAUUUGAGCUUGCUGAAGCUUUCGAGCUGUUUACGAGAGACAUUCCACCGAACUUGUUACCAAUUCAGAGUGAUGAUAAUGUGGCAAAUGCUACUGAAAGCAGAAAAGACUGUGAAGUAAGUGUAAUUAGUUCGGCGGCAGGGUUAACGCGAUCAACGCGGCUGUCAGCACAAUUUGCGGCCGAAUCAGGAUCGAAAACUGUUGGUCCAGGUGGCAGGCUGGAGGCACAGACAAGCGAAGUGAAGUGUGUGCCAAAAGAAGGAGAUGAUACCAUAAAUGAUGGAGUGUUAUUCGGGAUUCGUCUUCACAAUGACGAUGUUCAUUCGUUAAAUGAAGUGAUCAAUCACCUUUCUGUGGAAUUGGGAAUCUCCAAACCACAAGCGCGUACUGUUGUCAGCCAAGUAGACGAUCAAGGCGAUGCUACUAUUUCAACUAAGCCACUGCUGAUGUGUCCGGGUAUUGUUGGGAAUAUGGUUCGUCGCUCACUAAAUAUAUCCGUUGCGCCGGCGUGGUGGGAAAAACAAAUGGAAGGCGUCCCUGCCCUUUUGGAAUGGCUGCAAUAUAUUAGCACCACUUCAGAUGGACUUCGCGAACUUGUGUCUGAAGCUUUUCAAAAGCAGCGAUCUCCUGCCCUCAAAAGAUUCGUAUCCAUAUCAAGCAGUUUACCUAAAGGAAAAACAAUUCAAGAAUUUGUGAAGGAUCUCCACAUUCGUCUGCACAACCACGCUUUGGAUCCUCUCGUUACUCUUAUUGGUGGAGACAAGGAUGUCUUUACGUGGGCAUGUGAGCAAGAAACUGCUCAGCGACAGCGUUUUAAAUUUUGUGCUGAAAAGAAUGCAGUCUCCGGAGUAUUCACCGAAUUCUUCGCUGACGAGAAUUGUGCUAGCUGCAAGAACAUAUAUAUUGACGAGUUUGUCAAGGCCGUGUCGCUGAGUUCCUCGUACCGCCACCAUGAGAGUGUCCGGAUGAGUUUUGACGUCGUGGUGGCAAAAUAUUUUACAUCAGAGCAAGCAGAUGAUUCUGGUAUCUCGUCGCCCACUUCAUCAGCUUUAACACUACUAAUGCGAUACGAUUGUACUCUGCGAAAGAACGCUGUGGAGCGGUCGCAUUCGUUUUUACGUGAACACUUGGUUGAUAUUCAGUUUCGGGCUAGCAUGCUAGAGGCGUAUCUGCGGUCAUAUUUGUCGAUGACAAGCAUGUUCCUCCGUGGCUUGGGCAAUUCAAGUGAAUCGAUUUUCGAUUUUGCCGUGCAGUUUUUAACGGUACCUCAUCUGGUACAAAAGUACACAAGUAAGGAAAUAGCAGCGCACCCUGGACGACUAGAGCUUGUUCGCGUACUACUUUGUGCUCUAAACACGGUAUUUCAGUCUGCUAUCGACAAAAAAGAAGGGCUGCUAAAUGCUGACCAUUCUGCUCUUAGCAGUCAAAAGUACAAGCAUUGCGUGGAGAACAUGGAAUAUGUCUUUAAUAUUGGAACUUUUUCGAGCGAACUUGUGUGCUGUGCGCGCAACUUGAAGAUUUGGCUGUCUUGUCUUAACGUUCUACAGGGUGGUGAUCCUCAAGUGCGUCGAGAUAUCCACCAAAAUCACGUGGAAUACGAGUCCGACAGUUGGUUGUCGAUGUUUAAUCUUGGUAUCCGUGUGCAUUCGGUGUUCGCGAUUUCCUGGAAUGGUUUUAAUCCGUCGCAGCUCAAAGCGCCUGAAGUGAAAGUAGCUGAAGUAUUUGGACCAAUCAUUGAAGCCACUCUUUCCUCAUCAACGCGUUUGAACGAAAAAGUGGCAAAAAAGACGUUAGUUCCAGUUACAAAGCUUACAUCUGUGAGCAAGAGAGGUACUGGAAGUCGGGAGAAAGUCAUCAUGACGUACGACUUUAACGUAGCGUCUCAGCCAACGUCUCUGCACAUACCUUUGCACCGUUUUCUGACAGCUGCAGUGAGGCAUAUCUGUAUUAGUCCGUCAGGUUUAGGAAACUCCAUUUCUUCGGACGGUCUUUUGAGGGUUUUUGGAUUCAAUAAACUGCCGGUCGAGAAGCAAUGGGAGCUCGUGGAGAUGCCACUUCGCUGCUUGGUGAUGGCAUCCCAAAUCCAGUCCAAUCUUUGGCGUAGAAAUGGAGAUGAAAAUAUGCUGGCGCAGCUGUACAAUUAUUCUGCUCUACCCUAUUGCAUUCACUACCGUGAUGCCGACACGUUGAUGCUGCAGCUCGGUCUGCUGAUGACUGGCCCGGAUGCCCUAUUGGCACGAAUGAUAGAUCGGUUUCAACUUGGCAGUUUUUUUGUGCUGCCUAAUGAAACUUUGUCGACGGCUUCUAACGAAGACGACAUCGCCGGAUCAGACGAGUUGGCUAAGCAGCUCGGCUAUUCUGGAGUGGAACAUGGCGUCGAUGAACAGCAAAGUAUGCAAAUGCUUGAGGAAUUUCUGCGUCUUGUGAUCACGCUUGGUACAUGUCUUCCGAGUACCACUGGUGUAACUUACGACAACGAGUUUCUGGCGGAAGAGAUGUUGCAGCAGCUGUGUGCAAAACCGCUUCCAUUUAGCAAGUUGCUCGAUCUUGCCAUCCUCCCAUCAGGCCAAGAUGAUAUUCCAGCACCACGACUGGAAGGCAUUUUGGCGACAGUGUCAAAUUUUGUGUUACCGUCUGGGCUGGAACCUGGUCGUUACGAACUGAAAGAGGGACUGCUGGAGAGCUACAAUCCAUACUUUCUUCAUUUAAAUCGUGAAGCGCACGAGCUAGCCCGUGAUCGCUGGACGACCUAUCGCAAUGCAUGCCGGUACAAGUCAAAGAUGGCUACCCCCGACAGUCCGCCAAAGGAACCAUUGAAAGCAGCUAAGCCUCCUGUUGACUUUUUGCGUCCAGUCCAAACGAUUUUGACAUGUGAGAGUACUGUUGCGGCCAUCCAGGUAAUUCUUUGGAAAGCAAUCCCCUCGGUUCAGACUGGAUCGGCAGUUUCAGAGAAAAGCGUUUCUGACGCUGUCAUCUCGACUUGUUUGCAUUUGCUUGUUCACGGUGUCCACACGGCAUCGACUGGAUGUGAUCGUCGCUUCUGGACCCGAUUAAGUAAGGCAAGUACUGCUACCUCCAAAUUGUCGGUUCUGAACCUUUUGAGCCAAUUGCUCGAACAGGCCACAACGUUGCUCGAUAGCGAGCAGACUGGAACGGUUGAGUGGCUUAUUUGGAAAAUUACUACUGAAUCACCUGCUUGCAGAAAAGUGUUUGAACAGUGCGCCAACGAUACAAGGGUAAAGCAAAAGAAGGCUGAAGCAUCGCUUUUGUGUUCAAGUGGUUCUGUACAAGAUGUUCAUUCUCCACCAAAAACGCUGGAGCAGCGAAAAGUCGAGGCUAGGAAAAGAGUGAUGGAUGCAAUGGCGAAGCGCCAAGCCGCUUUCCAGGCGAUGGUCAACGUCACGGACGAAAAGAGCAAAGAACAUAUAGAUCAGUCAAAGGAAGGAAAGCCAGAUGAUGGCGCCCAUGCAUCGCUUGGUAAACGUAAGGCGUCGAUGGUAGACGAACCGAAAGAAAAGCGACAAAAAGAGGGUAACGAGCGGUGCUACAACUGCAUCCUCUGUCAUGACACGUCUGCUCAAGGCCAAAUGGGAAUGGCAGCCUACGUUCAUCAGUCUACCGUUCUAGCUCCUGGAUUUAGGCCUGAGCCAGAUGAAGCACUCAGCUUGGAGGGUAAGAGAAUUCGUAGUCACGUGAGAAGCGUUAUCGAGAAAAUGGAGUUGUGCUCAGGUGGAAGUUCGACCUCAUCUGAUAUGGCAAAUUCUUCGCCUACUCUGCGCGCUUUUGCAACCACUUUUCCGGAAUGGUCCAUGAAUGGAUCGUUGGAUGACCAGCUUACACGCGAUAAUUCGACGAAUAAUAGUCCUCGCCCGCCAGCGGCUCGUCGCCCGCGCAAUGAUCGCGUUCGCUUUGGAAAUGGAAGCAAUCCGAUGCUUGAAGGUGAGUUUCUACAGACAGACGAAGAGCUGGAAGUUCUUGAAGGUGUAAUGGAUCUUCGUGAGGACCAACAGCUAUUUCCCGUGGAUAUGCGUGGCGCCGUGAAUUUGGAUCUCCACGGCGAUCGAAUUGAGCCACGUAGAUUGGGAGUUCUUGAAGUAGCUGGAGCUCGAGGUGGCAAUGCACGAGGUCAAGGAGGGGUGUUGUAUGACAGUGACGAAGAAGAUAUUCCUUCACGUUUCCGCCUGGAGCACAUGCCGCCCGGGUUUGGUCGUCCUCACCAAAGCGCCAAGCUUUAUCUCACUCCGUGUGGCUUGCAUAUUCGUACGUGCCAACACGCGGUACAUAUCCAAUGUCUCGAGCGCUAUAUUACUUCUUUGCAUGACAAAGCCAUGCGUGGUGAGGAAUUUGAUGGUGUUCAAGCAAUUGAUCCGGACUCAGCAAUGACGCAAUUUUUGUGUCCACUGUGCAAAACGUUAAGUAACUUCUUGAUCCCAACAUCAGAGCCCCGCAUUUCAAUCGCGGAAGAAGAUGAGUGUGAGCUCAAGCGCGCAGUACGUGCGUCGAUUGGUAAUGAAAAAGGAAAGUAUUGUGCUUGGGACAGUAUUGUAGAGGAACAAUUAUCGAUGCCUGGAUGGUACCGAUCUGUGCUUGGACGCGAUGGCGGAUUUAAAGAUGAUGAAAACGACACAGAUCAUGAUUUGUGGCGGGAUUAUUUCGAGGAGACACUGUGGGAGCCUCAUGGUAGCUUGGAGAAGGGUGCACCUUUCUUGUGGUCCGCGUGUGCCUUUACCUUGGCAUCAUUCCUGACUAUCGUGGAAGAUGAGUAUCCUGGCGACUCUAACAAUGGCUCAAGAUUCGACCCACUGACAGACCACUGUCCUCCGUCUCUGGAGAAGGAGCUGGAGUCAUUGAUAGCAGUCACGAAAUUUUGCAGAUGGACGUUUUCACUUUUGGAGCAUAGUGCCGACGCGAAGGUGAUUUGGGAGACCGCUAAACGCUGCUGCCCAAUUAAUACUGAGACAAAGCGCGAGUACCGUAAAUUUACGAAGGUCCUCGGCUCAAUCGAUGCGUGUCUUCGGGGAACCAUUCUCGGACUUCUAGUGGCGGAUACAUUCACAGCUUUCGUGGUAGCCAGUGUGAUCGCUGAUAGACUCGAGACUAUAUGGCGAUUUAUCCCAGUAUUUGCCGCUGCGGAUCUGCUUCAGCGCCUGCAUGCCGAAUUUUUCGAACUUAGCAAGGUAAAGGAAUCACCGCUCUUCCAGGACAAGUUUUCUACUGUUGCAGCAAGUGGAAGUGAAACGGAGAAUUUAGCACAUCUUGCAGCUGCCAGUGAGUCCAUUCUCGCUCCGCGUCGCACUCGAAGUGGCCGUGCUAUUAGCCCCGCGCCGGCCACACGACCCUGUACUGGGUCUGUGCAACAGCUGCUGGAAGCAAUGGAAGCUUCAGGCGAGGGCGAUUCUGAGGCGUAUGCUGCACUAUUAGUAUUGCAGCGAAUGAGGAAAGCGUAUCCUUGUGAGAAACUGAGGCCCUUCACGACAACAAGCGAUCUAAACGCGCGGCUGAAGCGAAUUCUGCCAGCAAAUGAUGCGUUUGUUCGACGCAUGAAGCUAUUCUGGCGCUGUCUGGUGGGUGAGAGUAUAAGCGCGCCUACAAGUACAAGGACGAUGCGAAUCCCAGCGUUAGUCGAUAUCGCUCGUAGCUCAGAUGCGACGUUUUGCGUAAUUUGGCGAUGGUGCAUGGAUCGCAUGCUCAGCAAGGCCCACCUGGGAAGUUUGAAGGCCGGUGACAAGUGUGAACACACUGAAGGCUGCAGCGAGGCCUAUGUUGCUAGCAUGUUCAUUCUACGUGAAGUGCCCACGCGACCGCGGUUGAUCGACUUGCCUAUCCAGUACGACGAGCUUUACAGCGAGAUGGCAGGGCGUAAAUGCACGCGAUGCGAAAAAGCGCCUUGCGACCCGGGCCUGUGCUUGAUGUGUGGUGAGUACUUGUGCUGUGGAGAUUCAUGUUGCACUCGUGCAUUCAUGCCACUUGGACCACCAGUAGGCGAGUGUACGCGCCACGCCACUGAGUGCGGUGGUGGUGUGGGCAUCGUACUUCUACUUGAACAGUGCCGUAUCGCAGUUGUUGGAGGCAGCAUGGCAGCGUAUUUCCCAUGUCCGUACGUAGACUCCCACGGUGAAGAAGACGUCGGUCUUCAGCGGGGACGACCGCUUCGGCUAGACAUGGCCCGCUACCGGUACCUAGAGUCACUGUGGCUUAACCAUCGUAUUUUCACGGAGGUAUCACGCCAACGCAACCAGCGAGACCCGCAGUAUUCGAUCAACCUGUCGUACCUGUAG